UUUUCCAAGACGUUUCUAGCGGCAUAGAGGGUCUAGGGUAUUUCCUGGAGUCGUUUCCGUGUAUGUGGGAGUCAUAGUGAACCCAGAAUAGCCUCGGUGAUCCUCCUCACUGCCCCCCGCUCUUCCUAGUCUGAGCUGAGCUGACCGGAUGGACGCAGACGGCUGCAAAUAGUUUGGGAAAACCUUUUAAAGUAGAAGAGGCAGCGAUGAACCGACAAGGUUUCGGUGGGGCUUCUUCAUCUCUGAACUUCUCUGCAAGACUAACAGGGAAUGAAUGUCCACACACAGAGCUGAGAGAGAAUGACCUGGACAAUCUACGUUUUGAACUUGCUAAGACAGAGGAUGAGAUUCAGACCUUAAGGCAGGUGCUUUUGGCCAAAGAAAAGUAUGCAGCAGAUAUCAGGAGCCAGCUGGGAAUGGGUCCUCUCAGCAACGUGAAGCAGAACCUGUCCAAAGGCUGGCAAGAAGUCCAGACAUCUUCCCCAUACCUCACAGCCUCGGCUACCCUGGAGGACAUCAGCCACUCCAGUGUGUAUGUGAAGACAAAGGACAGUCUGUCUCAUGCCGGUCAGGUGACGUCUGCCGCUCUGUCCUCUGUGGGUGUCGUCAUCACCAGGAGGCUGGCUCAGAUGAGAGCCCUGCCUCUUCCAAGCCCACCACGCACACUGAAUCACUCCAUGAGUGUCCCAGCUAUGAGACAUUCCUCUACAUUCAAAUCUCUGGAAGAAAUUGUUGUGAAUGUGAAGGACAAAAUGACCGGAAGUCUGUCCAACAAUGGAGACACGUCUGGGUAUGACAGAAGAUUCGCACGCAACCCAUAAGAUGAAAAAAUCCCAACUGGCACUAUACUAUUGAGCGGCUAUGGAAUGAUUAUUUAAUGUCUUUUCUGUGUGAUUGUGCACACUGUUUAUUCUGAUUCUCAAUGUAAAAUCAAGGAUAGAAUGUUUUUAAUUUGUAUCAUAUUUAAGAUCAGUGUUUCCUGUCGUGCUUGUUUGUUUUUUUGGAGUAUCCAUGCUAAAACUCAAUCUUCUGAUAUCAGCUAAAAAAGGAAAAGUAUUUUUUUUAAUGUGACGUUUUUCAAUUAAAAACAAUAGAACAGCUA